AUGGAAAUAGAACAUGUAUUUCAUGAAAAACGUAUAAUUCGUAGAAAGAAACAAUUUGAUAAGAUUGCCAAUGACGAGACAACACAAUCCGAUGAACAAUCUUUUAGAAUUGAUUACUUCCUAUAUAUAGUAGAUCAAGCUUUUUCUUCAAUUCAGAGUAGGUUUGAACAAUUUAAGAGUUACAAUUGCUUCUGCAGAAAGAAGUUUUUCAAAAUUAAAAUUGAUAAAAUCCUACCUAAGAUCAACAAUAAGAAAGAUUAA